AUGAGAAUGCAGAGAGCGUGGGUGUACGUGCAUCGUUACAUCGAUAUCAAGGUGCAUAAGAAACAAGGCUUCGGUAACAUUUCAGCGGACGAAAUCAAGAAGGCAGAGGCAUCAAUCUUGUCAGUCCUCCAGCGUGAAUGUUUCGGCGAUCUGUGUAAGGCGUUGCAAUCAAAUUCCAUUCAGCGGCAUCCAUUGCGAAACCUCGCACCGUUCCUGGGAGACGACGGGUUAAUCCGAGUCGGAGGCCGUUUGAAAUAUUCGGCCAUUCCUUAUGAUGGCAAACAUCAGGUGUUGUUACCGGAGAAGCAUCACGUCACGGAGGCAAUCAUACGUGGACUGCAUUUGGAACAUUUUCAUGUUGGACAGAAUGGAUUGUUAGCUAUCGUACGCGAACGUUACUGGCCGGUGCGCGUAAGGUUGGCAAUCAAGAAAAUCGUUUCCAAUUGCCAGGUGUGUGCUAGGCAGCGUCCUAUACCAGGUGGUCAGUUCAUGGGAAAUCUUUCGGAGUCUCGAGUCAAUCCAGCGCCACCAUUCUCCAAGGUUGGUAUUGACUAUGCUGGUCCAUUUAUGUUGAAACUAGGAGGUCGGAGUACGAAGCUGUAUAAGGCAUACGUGGUCGUCUUCGUGUGUAUGGCAGUGAAAGCCAUCCAUUUCGAACUAGUUUCAAGCCUGUCGACCGACACAUUCAUUGCUGGAUUGCAACGUUUUUCCAGUCGUCGAGGAUUGCCGAGUGACAUCCACAGUGAUAACGCUACUACUUUUGUCGGUGCCAAUCAUGAACUAGCUGCUCUGAAGGAGUUGUUUGAAGAGCAGCAGCAUCAACUGAAAGUAAAAGAGUUCUGUAGCGUAAAAGGCAUCCGGUGGCAUUUCAUCCCCCCCAGAAGCCCACACUUUGGCGGAAUCUGGGAAGCGGGGGUGAAAUCCAUGAAAUACCACCUGAAGAGAACUGUUGGUGAGACCAGGCUUACGUAUGAAGAGAUGAGCACCGUUUUGGUUCAAACGGAGGCCAUUCUUAACUCGCGACCUUUGUUUGCGCUGUCGGAUGAUCCAAGCGACUAUUCCGUGCUAACUUGGUCAUACAUCGGACUACUGCUCGAACAAACCACGCUGCGAUCAACAUCCGUUCCGGUUCCUCUGGUAGUUCCGCCAAGCUUCAUGGUGGGCAUUCAGGUCACCCCCAACGAUGAAUCGGGAGCUAGUACGGGUGAUGGCGGUCAGGUCCUUCUUGAAUUGGAUUCCUAA